AUGUCCCAAGAGACCGCCCAUUCGCACUCCCUCGCCGACCCCGAAGCGUUCUGGUCCCAUCACGCGACCAGGCUCCACUGGCAUGCUCAGCCUUCGCGAGCACUGACUCAACAGACCAAGACCCUCCCCAGUGGCACAACCCACCAAUCCUGGUCCUGGUUCGCCGACGGCCAGAUCUCCACCACGUUCAAUUGCAUCGAUCGCCACGUCCAAGCCGGCCAGGGCAACAAUGUCGCCAUCAUCUGGGAAUCCCCCGUCACAAACACCACCCAGAAAUACACAUACGCCCAGCUCCUCGAUGAGGUCGAAGUCCUCGCGGGCGUCCUCCGCGAAGAGGGCGUCAAACGCGGCGACGUAGUCAUCAUCUACAUGCCGAUGAUCCCCGCCGCUCUGAUCGCCUGUCUCGCCAUAACCCGACUAGGCGCAAUCCACGCCGCCGUCUUCGGUGGCUUCGCCCCCGCUGCCCUCGCGCAGCGCAUCGAUGCCGCUCGCCCCCGCGCCAUCAUGACCGCCUCGUGCGGCAUCGAGGGGUCCAAGGGCCCGAUCCCAUACCGACCCCUCGUCGAGGCAGCCGUGAAACGGGCCUCCUUCAAGCCUGCCAAGGUCAUCAUCUGGCAGCGGGAUCAGCUCCGCUGGAACCAGCCUGACAAGCGCGGUGGACAGCGUAACUGGCAGAGGCUGGUCAAGAGCGCACGCAUGCGCGGCGUCAAAGCAGACGCCGUACCAAUCAAGAGCAGUGAUGGUCUCUACAUAAUCUAUACUAGCGGUACAACCGGCCUGCCGAAAGGCGUACUUCGUGAAGCGGGCGGCCACGCCGUCGGCCUGGAACUAUCCAUCAAGUCCCUAUUUGGAAUCAAGGGACCAGGCGAUACAAUGUUCUGCGCUUCAGAUAUCGGCUGGGUCGUCGGACAUUCGUACAUACUGUACGCGCCUUUACUCGUCGGCGCAACAACAGUUCUCUUCGAAGGUAAACCCGUCGGAACACCCGACGCCGGCACAUUCUGGCGCAUCGUUGAAAGACACAGCGUCAAUGCCCUCUUCACGGCUCCGACUGCCAUGCGAGCUAUCAGGAAAGAUGAUCCAGAUGACUCGCUCAUUGGUCAAGUCGGCCAGCGAGGUGGAUUGAAGUCCCUACGCGGACUCUUCCUAGCCGGCGAGCGCAGCGAGCCAAGUAUCGUCCGCGCGUAUCAGGAUCUCCUGGGGUUGUACGCUGCGCCCGGAGCGCAAGUCAUCGAUAAUUGGUGGUCUUCUGAAUCCGGGUCCCCGAUCUCGGGGCUGGCUUUGAACAGCGCGGCUGCGGUCGUGGGGCCCGUCAAGACGGAGUCGCCGUUGCCUGCACGGCCUGGCUCGGCUGGUUUGCCGAUGCCUGGAUUCGAUGUCCGCGUUGUAGACGAUGAGGGCGCUGAGGUACCCCACGGCACGAUGGGGAAUAUUGUUAUGGCGCCGCCGUUGGCGCCUUCGGCUUUCACUACCCUGUUCCAGGACGAGGAGCGUUUCUACCGUGGAUAUCUUCUGCGGUUUUCUGGGCGCUGGGUCGACACUGGUGAUGCGGGGAUGAUUGAUUCUGAUGGAUAUGUGCAUAUCAUGUCGCGGAGUGAUGAUAUUAUAAAUGUUGCUGCGCAUCGUUUCAGCACGGGCUCAAUCGAACAAGCUAUUCUCUCUCACCCAUCCAUCGGCGAAGCCAGUGUAGUUGGAAUUCCCGACCCGCUGAAAGGCCAUCUUCCAUUCGCGUUCGUCCAUCUCAAAACCGGCGAGGUGACAUCUGCUAUUCCGAGCAGGGAGCUCUUCAGUGAAGUCAAUUCGCUGGUUCGGGAACAGAUUGGUGCCAUUGCGUCUCUCGGUGGUAUGAUUCAGGGCCGGGGAAUGAUUCCUAAGACUCGGAGUGGGAAGACGCUGAGGCGCGUGUUGAGGGAGUUGGUGGAGCAUGCUGUUAGUGGUGAGUUUGAGAAAGCGGUUAAUGUUCCUCCUACUGUGGAGGAUGGGGAGGUUGUGGAGGUUGCAAGGGAGAGGGUUAGGGAGUAUUUUUUGGUGGGGAGGCCGAAGCUUUAG